CUUGCAUGUUUUAGUCUAAGAGAACGGAAUUUAUUAUAUGCAUUGGGCCGAGGCGAUCUAGAAAGAAGUCUUUUCGUAACAUUAAUUGUGUAUUUUUUUCAAUCGGGACUAAUGCAUGAGAGGCUAUAGGCGGCUAAACUGAGCCUCGCGUGAGUAGAUUGAGUAGACCCCUGAGUAGAUUGUCUCUCCCGGGGCUCUCCAGCCGUAUUGUGCGUCAUUUUCAUCGCUGCAUUUUGUUUUUCCAUCGAGGCAACAUGGCAACUCCAGCCGCGGUCAAUCCAUCGGAGAUGGGCAGUGAGUUGCCGGGGGCAGUGUCCAUGCCCGGGGCGGUGGUGGGGGCAGGCCAAGUGAGGAUGGGAGGAGCCUUGGCUGGACGCGGGGGCAAACGGAGGUCGGGAGGGAUGGAGUUUGACGACGAGGAUGGAGAAGGGCCUAGCAAAUUUUCAAGAGAGAACCACAGCGAGAUAGAGCGCCGACGUCGCAAUAAGAUGACGCAGUACAUCACCGAGCUGUCUGACAUGGUGCCCACCUGCAGCGCUCUGGCACGCAAGCCCGACAAGCUGACCAUCCUGCGGAUGGCCGUGUCGCACAUGAAGUCCAUGAGGGGCACGGGCAACACAUCCACAGACGGAGCUUACAAGCCCUCCUUCCUCACUGAGCAGGAACUGAAGCACCUGAUCCUGGAGGCUGCGGACGGCUUCCUGUUUGUGGUCGCGGCGGAGACGGGCCGUGUGAUCUACGUGUCGGACUCGGUGACGCCGGUGCUGAACCACACCCAGUCCGAGUGGUUCGGCAGCACGCUGUACGAGCAGGUGCACCCCGACGAUGUGGACAAGCUGCGGGAGCAACUCAGCACCUCAGAGAACUCCAUGACGGGGCGUAUUCUGGACCUGAAGACCGGCACAGUGAAGAAGGAGGGCCAGCAGUCCUCCAUGAGGAUGUGCAUGGGCUCCAGACGCUCCUUUAUCUGCAGGAUGAGGUGUGGCAGUGCUCCUCUGGACCACAUCUCUCUAAACCGCCUGUCCAACAUGAGGAAGAGAUACAGGAAUGGCCUGGGGCCAUCUAAGGAAGGAGAGGCCCAGUACUCGGUGGUGCACUGUACCGGUUACAUCAAAGCAUGGCCCCCUGCAGGUAUGACUAUACCAGAAGAAGACACAGAGGCUGGUCAGACCAGUAAAUACUGCCUGGUGGCCAUCGGGAGACUGCAGGUGACCAGCUCUCCCGUUUCCAUGGAUAUGAACGGGCUGUCGGUGCCUACAGAGUUCCUGUCACGUCACAACUCCGACGGCGUCAUCACCUUCGUAGACCCUCGCUGCAUCAACGUGAUUGGCUACCAGCCUCAGGACCUCCUGGGCAAGGACAUCCUGGAGUUCUGUCACCCCGAGGACCAGAGCCACCUGAGAGAGAGCUUCCAACAGGUGGUGAAGUUGAAGGGGCAGGUUCUGUCGGUCAUGUACAGGUUCCGUAUGAAGAACCGUGAGUGGAUGUUGAUCCGGACCAGCAGCUUCACCUUCCAGAACCCCUACUCCGAUGAGAUCGAGUACAUCAUCUGCACCAACACCAACGUCAAGCAGCUUCAGCAGCAGCAACAAGCAGAGCUGGAGGUUCACCAGAGAGAUGGACUCACAGCCUACGACCUGUCCCAGGUGCCGGUGUCCGGUGUUGGCGGCGGCGUCCAUGAGACGGGGAAGAGCAUCGACAAGACGGAGGCCCUGUUCUCCCAGGAGAGAGACCCGCGCUUCGCUGAGAUGUACACAGGCAUCUCCAACUCGGGGGAGAAGAAGAUGAUGGUUCCAUCCUCCACUGCAGGAGGUCAGCAGCUUUACUCCCAGGGCUCUCCCUUCCAGCCGGGACACUCUGGAAAGAGCUUCAGUUCCUCUGUCAUCCAUGUCCCGGGGGUGAACGAUAUCCAGCCGUCAGGAUCGUCCAAUCAGAACCUAGCCCAGAUCUCUAGACAGCUGAACCCUGGACAGGUGGCCUGGUCAGGAAACAGACCCCCGUUCUCUGGACAGUCCAGCAAGGCCCAGUCCAGCCCGUUCGGGAUUGGUUCUGGUCACAGUUACCAAGCCGACCCGUCCUCCUACAGCCCCCUGUCCUCCCCAGCAACUUCCUCCCCCAGCGGCAAUGCCUACUCAGGACUGACCAACCGCAGCACAGCGUUCGACGUGUCCGGGGAGAGCAGCCAGAGCGGGGGCCAGUUCCAGGGCCGGCCCAGCGAGGUGUGGUCCCAGUGGCAGAAUCAGCACCACGCCCAGCAGCCUGGAGAACAGCACUCACACACAAACCCCAGCCAGACAGAGGUGUUUCAGGACAUGCUGCCCAUGGCCGGAGACCCUUCUCAGGGAGCAGCAAACUACAACAUCGAGGACUUCGCUGACCUCGGCAUGUUCCCGCCCUUCUCCGAGUAGAACCCCCCCCCCCAAGUUCUCACAGGAGGGAGCACGGACUGCGAAGAAACAGGACGGAGAUUUCUGUGUGUCCACCCUUCGUAGUUGUCAUCCCCUCCUUCUCUCUCUCUCUCUCUUGCUCUUUCUCUCUCCUUCACACACUCGUACACACACAGAGUUUAUGUUACCACAGUACGGUGAAUGUCUGGGUACACGUCACACACAACUUCACACACUCACGCUACGUCUGUGGUCUUCGAGGCCCGCGCCUCUCUCCUACUCUCAUACCUCAUCCGUGCAGCGGCAUCCGUGUUCACAGGAGGGCGUUACACCCCCCCGCCUGUCACACACCAUCUCUCUAACGACGGACAUUUUCAGGCACUCUUUUCAACAGCGAACAAUUGGGUUCAAAAGGUGAAAGGUCGAGCCUCCGAGCUGAGCCGCAUGCCGGAGCGGCAGAGCUGGAGUUUGAUCUGUGAGGACGGGCGAGUCCAGCUCCCGCCCUCAGCCCUCUCGCCACGCCAGCGCUACUCAUCCCGCCUGGAAAUGAAAGUCCUGUUGAUUGUAUCUUCAAAUCUGCCAAUCUUUUGUCUUGCACUCUGUGUUCCACUGUUCAGCCAAACGGUCCCUGGAGCAGAGGGGUCCUGUACAACCCUAAUACUGCUGCUCUCUCAGUAUUACAUCCAGCUUGUUGUGUAAAAUAGAAACUAUAUGUAGUGAUGUCCAUAACCCUAGAUUAAAACGGACUCGCGUAGACAAGGGAUCUGUGUAUAAACAAACAAAAAAAAGAAUUAAAAAAAACACAAAAAAAGACACAAGUCAUGCUGACCGCGUCCGCUAAGCUAAGGCGUAAAGUGCACUUCAUGAAGCUAACCGCCCACCAGCCUGCUACCAGGGAUGAACCGCCAUAGGGAGCCAGCAACUCGCAGUAUACUAGUGUAUCCUUAUCCUUCAGCUCUUAACGCUCUGAUUCAUGACUUGACCAUGUUCUUCUUUUGACUAUUAACAGAGACUGAAUACUACUUUAUAGCGGGGGGACUUUUACACGAUGGAUUGUAUAACGUGUCUCUGGCAAGAAUGAUGGGAUCAUCUUGAUCUGGAGUUGAUCUGGAGUCCUUUUGCUAAAAUCUCAACUAGAUGUUUUUUUUGUAAAUAAUGUGAUUUUUAUGUCGACACGUGUUACUUUCACACGAUAAGUGUUUCUGUGUAGCUUUUAAGGAUAUCAUCAUGUGCAAUGUGAGUGCAUAUUUAACUAUGGUAUUUAGUUAGUCUGUUAAUUGUACAUUGAGUUUUAGACCUGUAUAAACUGUGUAAAUGUGGUCCAUUAUUUUUGUGUAACAAAUUGUGCUUGUGACAAUAAAUUCUUAUUGGUUACGUGGUUUCCAAUCAAACACAUG